ACGCCAUUUCAAACUCGGACUAUAUCUAAUUCGCCUUAGUAUUAUCAUAACAAAGGAUUAAGUACAUUUUGUAACGACUUUUCACUCGCCAGUGAUCGUCCAAUAUAAGUGCGAGCACGAACAUACUUUAAUACUUUGUAAGAAGCACGAUCGUUAUACUCACCGUGCGGUAUUCAACUGUUGUGUGGAAAAUAAAAUUCGCAAUAAAAAAAGACUGUUUAAAACUGGAUAAGUAUAGAUACUUGACAAAGCGUACAAUAAUAUCGACGUAGUAAUAAAAUAAAUCAAGCUGAAAAACAGGUAAUAGUUCGUCACGUUUGUUAUGAGAGUAAAUAAACUACCAGAAAUAGCUAUAACUCACUAACUGUUGAAUUUUCAAAUUAUAAUUUAAAAAUGAUGGACCCUAACUUGGAUAGUGAAGAAGUAGAGCGGCGUGUCGAGAAACUGCAGGAGAUAUCUCUUCUUCACCUGGAUGAUUACGAUAUUUCCUCAGAAGAUAAUUUAUAUUCUGAGAAAGGGAUCAUACACAAUUUUCUUGAAGCAAUAGAUGAGAUGGGAAUGCAAGAUGAAAAUGAAAAUGUCAAAAGUAGUUAUAGAUCCAAUCAAUUGAGAAUACAUGGAAAUCGAUUAUUCAACGAUAUGAUACACGAUCGUACACUGCAUUUAUGGAUUUCACAGCUUUACAAUGAGAGUAUUGCUGUAGCUCCAAGGGAGUCUGAAGAAUUAGCUCUUGGAUUUGGCAGCAGAUCAGCUUUUCUUCUUCAUUGGAAAAGGUAUCAGGAUUGUAUUAAUGAUUGUGACAGAGCUUUGCAGAUAACAAGCAUAAGUCAGCUGAAAUUGAAACUUUUGCACCGUAAAGUUUUAUGUUUGGUGGCUUUGAAAGAUAAAAAUGCAAAGAGAGUUUAUGAUGAAGCUCUAAGUUUCCUCAAGACAUGUACUCUAGAUAAGAAACGUAAAAGGGAAUUUCGAGACAAGUUUGCUGAUAUGUCUCAUUCAAUUUCUGAAAUGACCUUUGAUGAGAAGAUCAAGGAAGAAAAACACAUUAUAGAUAAAGAGUUACCAUCUUUCAAACCUAACAAAGAAGCCUCUUGUGCCUCUGAUGCUGUAGCAAUAGCUCACCAUGAAAUCUGGGGUAGACACAUUAUAGCGGAAAGAGAUAUUGAACCUGGAGAGAUUAUUGUUGUUGAGGAGAAUUAUCUUUCAUUUCUUGAUCCUACUAAAAUGUAUGCGUUCUGCAGUACUUGCAUGAAACCUUCCUUAUGCUUGAUACCAUGUAACAAUUGCAUUUAUGAUGUUUAUUGCUCAGAAGAAUGUAAAUCAGAGGCCUGGAAAAAAUAUCAUCAAUUUGAAUGCCCAAUAUAUUCUCAUCUAGGCAAUGGGAAAUCUGAAGUAAAAUUGCUCUUUUUCUAUUUAAGAUUUAUGCUUGUUUUGGUUUACAAUGCUGGUGGCAUGGAUAAUUUGAGAGAAGAGCUAAUAGCUGUAGCAAAAUGCCAAGAUGUUCGCAAGAAAGGAUUUAUGGAUGAUGGAAAGUUUUACAGCGAUCAAGCUAGGAGUUGCCUUUGUAUUAGAAGUGCAAAUAAUUGGGGGGACUCUGACGAAAUUACAGUAACUAGUUUUGCAAAUAAAACUUGUUACACUGUGUAUUACCUGGCCACAAAAACUGAAUUAUUUGGAGAAAUGUUCGAUUUAACACCCUCACAAAUUAUUCAUCAACCACAUAUGAUGUUAUUUGCAGGAUUGUUGCUAAAAUGUUUUUUCUCAUUAUCUAACAAUAAGCUAAUAUUACAUGUACACACUUGGAAAUAUGAGUCUUUAGCAAUAGCUGCUUCCAUAUGGCCAUUUUCUUGCAUGUUCAAUCAUAGUUGUUCUCCAAAUGCUGAUCAUUUUGUAACCGAAAAUAAAGAAUUAGCAAUUUAUGCCAAGGAGCCAAUAAAAAAAGGAUCACAGAUAUUCAUCAAUUACUAUGAUCUACAUUUUUUAAGUUGGCCAAGAGAAGAUAGACAGAGAUAUAUGGAAGAGUGGUACAGCUUUCAAUGUGAAUGUAUACCUUGCCAAAAUAAAUGGUCAGAUGUUUGUUUACCUAGUCUUAAGGAUUUACUCAAUACUACACCUGAGUUAGCUGCUGAAAUCAAUUCAGUGAUUGAUAAAAACAAUCAAGUAAUCAAGCAGUUAUUUACAGAAAACUUUGUGUACAAAAAAGAAAUAUUAGAGAAAAUUGCUGAAAUAUUAAAGGUCAUCGAUGAAAAAGUAACUGUUUGUUGCAAGGAAUAUGUAUAUUACCAAAGUUUAAUGAGAAAAAUGUUUAUAAUGACAUUCGCCAUGAAAAUUGAUAUUCCUGAAUGUGAGUCUGAAAAAUAAGAUUGUCUUGUAAAUGUGUUUUUGUGCAAUUGUAUUUUAUACAUAUUUUAUUUUUGUUUUUAUAACAUACAUUAACUUAAAUCAUUUAAUUGUACAGACCAUGUAACAAUGUGUUAUAACUUUAGCUAUACAUAUAAUAAUAAAAAAAUAUGUUUUUACUGAUUCGGUGAUUUAAAAUCAUA